ACCCCCAUCAAUCUGCCACGAGCCGGAGUGUGACAAUAGCAUUAUCAUACCAAUACACCAUUCAGCUUUUAGCCAAUCAGAGCGCAGCGCUUUCACUGCGCCGCACGAGCUGCAGAGUAUAAAACAUCGAGGCUGCUGCUCAGAAAGUACUCUGCUCCCUUUCGGAUUUACUCUCUGACCAUACUAUCUAAACCUCUCUGCCUUUGCGGAAUAUCUUCAUCAUCUUCAUCAUGACUCUUGAGGAAGUUUUGACCCAGAAACCCGCCGAGCGUGCUCAAUGCACCGGCAACGCCCUCGAGGAGGUCCUGGUGUCCGCUAAGGACAAUGACUCCCUCACUGUCGGUGUCUACGAGUGCGCUAAAGUUAUGAACCUUGAUCCAGACAGCGUGUCUUUCUGUGUCCUGGCCACGGAUGAGGAGUUUGAGUGUGACAUCGCUCUGCAGAUCCACUUUACCCUCAUCCAGUCCUUCUGCUUCGACAACGACAUCAGCAUCGUCAGAGUGAGCGACAUGCAGCGUCUGGCUGAGAUUGUUGGUGGCAAGGCGGAGCAGCUUGAAGAUGCCCACUGCAUCCUCAUCACGAACCCAGCUAAUGGGUCUUGGGAGGACCCUGCUCUGGAGAAGCUGCACCUGUUCUGUGAGGAGAGCCGCCGUCUCAACGACUGGGUUCCUGAGAUCAGCCUCCCCGGGCGCUGAUCUGGGCCUCGGCUCAUCUCUUGCUCAGAUGCUGUUAAAGCUUCUCAUCUUGAAAUACUCAUCCUGACGAACAGGAUGACCCUGUUUCUACUCAUCCCUGGAUACUCCUGAGGAGGCUUCCCGUCCAGGCAGCACGGCGCCGGCCCGAGGGCCCCCCCGUGAACCGUCGCCUCUUGUCCCGUCCAUGCCAAGAUGACUCUCAUUCUUUAUGUGAAUGAGAGUCAGGUAUGCCACAAGAGCGACGCAUCGACCCUCAUUCUUUGUGUGGAUGAGGUUUGGAGAGGGAGGAGAUGCGAGUUCUGCGUCCUGUGGGUCUCACAGAGCAAACGUCGCACGUUGAAAAGCACGCGCAGCAGGAGAAGAAGCGGUGCUGAGAAAGAGGCGUUCUUAAAAAGGGACUUUUUAAAGACGUCCUCUUUGCUGAGCAACACAACAACAGUUGCAAUCAGCGGAAAUGUUUCCCACUUUCCAGAAUUGUCUUAAUUCUCUAAAGGUUUCACUUUAGAAAUUUAACAAUGACAAAUGAUAUUCUAAAACAUAAAAAAAAAAAAAAAAUACAUUCAAAAACAAGUUUAUUCUCUAAA